AUGGAGUCGGUUCCCACGUCUGGCGAGGACCAACACGCGACGACGACGACCGUCUCAAAAGACGCCGACGACCUCGUCUCUGAAAUCCACUCUCAAAACGUCGAGUGUUUCAAUUCGACGACGAGUUGGAAGUUCGCCGUGACCGAAGGAAGGGACAGCCCGUUGUUGUCGUUAGAUUCCGAACUCGACGACGGGGAACUUUUGCUCACGAUUCAGUUCAAUCAAAUCGUCCAUUUACGAGCUGUUCUCGUCCACGGGAAAAGCGGAGAAGAACGUAUUUCCGCACCAAAACGCGUGAAGCUCUUCGCGAACAAACCAAACUACCAAUUCGACGACUGCUCGACGAAGAAAGCGACGCAGAAACUUUUGUUCGAGGAGAACGAGUGCAUAUUUAGGGAGGGAAAUGCGAUGGAGUUGGACCAGACGCUGUUCAAAAACGUACGAACGAUCACGUUGUUCGUGGAGACGAAUCAAAGCGACGCGCCGCAGACAAAAAUAGGAAAGAUUCAGUUUUUUGGCACGCCGGUGCACACGACGGAUAUGUCGGCGAUUAAAAAAUGCUGA